AUGGAAGGCUCAACAUGCACUUCCGACAGUGAUGUUGCAAAUACUUCACGAGAAUCAGAAAAUGUGAUUGAAAUGCGUAACGUAACAACACCAGGCUCGGGUAGCAACAGUUCAUCAUUUGUAAACGAAGCUCCAAGUCCGUUGGGACAUCUUGACCCUCAUAGAUUGAGGGACAUGGUGAUCGAUAAGCAAGCAGCAUGCCAGACACAGAUCGAAUCUCCCUAUAAGCAACCUUAUUGGACGCCUUCGCCUGCUGAUCCCUCUCACUCACCAUCGUCAAACAUUCGUUCAGCACCUACUAAUUCAAAUUCUCCAGUAACCCCAAUUAUGCAACCACCUAGAUUACCAGGUGCAAUGCGAGAUUCUGCUUUAUUAUCUCCGAGUGCUACACGAACCUCCGUGCAACAGCAGCCAGUGGGAAUGUGUUUACCAGUGCGUAGCCCAAUGGGAAGUCCAAACGGUAUGCAUCCAUCGCCCGCGCCAUUUAUGAGUCGUCCGUCCUCAAAUGCUUCCCCUUCUCUGUAUAUGCAACCCUCACAAACUCCUGUUCAUUAUCAAGCAAACUUGCAAAGUCCAGCAGGUAUGGUACCAUCGAGUCAUGUUCCACCUUCAUCUCCUUGUGCUCCAUAUCUUUCAAGAAUCCCAACAGUCGGUCCACAGCAACAACAAUAUUCAUGCCAUGCACAAAUGCAACAGCCUCAGUGGACAGGUCAACAGGCUCAACAGCAUUUUGGUUCUGGGGCAAUGCACCGUAUUAUGGUACAACGAGUUCCUUACUCAGGAUACCCACCGAAUAUGUCACAAAUGCAGUCACAAAAUAAUCAGCAUCCUUCAUCUUCCAAUAUUUUUCCAGCUGGUGCUUCGGGAGCACCAGUUACGCCAGCAUCACGAGGAACCAUGUAUCCAGCACCGUCGAUAGUCACUUCUCAACAGUCUUCUGGAUCACAAUCUGCUCAGUACCCAGCACAGUCUUGCUAUCAGUCUAAAGCGCAGCAACAACCAAAAUAUCCUAUUCAAUCUUCAGUCUACCGUCAACAGCAACCACAGUCGGCGUCGGUGAGAACCUACCUUGGCAACCAACCACCAUCGCUGUCUGCCUCGCCCACUUAUCAGUGUUAG